AUCGCAGAUGCUGUGUUCGAGAAGUUCUGCCAGCUUCCCGCAAGACGCAAGCCCCAAGUGAGGAACAACGGGGUUCAUGAAUGGGUGCCUCUGAGUGGCAUCGUCGCCGCUCAGAAUGGAAAACUAACAUGUUUGGCCGUAGCUACAGGUAUGAAGUGUCUACCGGCUUCUAAAAUUCCGCAGGCAAACGGCAUUGGACUGCAUGACUGGCACGCUGAGAUUCUGGUCUUGCGAGCCUUCAAUCGUUUUCUCCUAUCGGCGUGUCAUCAAAUGUUGCUCAACAAAUCCAGUGAGCUGGGGAUCCUGCGCUACCGCACUGAUGACCAACGGGGGCUGUACAACCCCCAAGGCGCCCAGGACUGGGAAGGGCAGCCUUUUGCAAUUGCGGACGGCGUUCGUCUCUACAUGUACUGUUCGGAGGCCCCCUGUGGCGACGCGAGCAUGGAGCUUACCAUGGCGGCGCAAGAGGACGCGUCGCCAUGGGAUGCGCCAGUGACAGCUGGAGAAGAUGCGACAACCACAUCGGCUGAUUCUUCCUUGCCCGGGCGCGGCUUCUUCUCUCAGCUAGGCAUUGUGCGUCGCAAACCCGCAAGGGCAGAUGCACCGCCCACUCUAUCCAAGUCUUGUUCCGAUAAGAUGGCGUUACGGCAGUGCACCUCGAUCCUGUCAUCUUUAACAGCACUUUUCAUCCAUCCAGGGAACGCAUACAUUGAUGUCGUUGUCUUGCCCCAGUCGCAGUAUUCCGUCACAGGAUGCAAGCGUAGCUUUUCGUCGGAGGGACGAAUGUCUGCUUUGAAGGACAAGACAUGGGCGGGCGGGUAUGCAUUCCACCCGUUCCAAGUCGAGACCACAGCACGCGAGUUCGAAAACUCCAAAAGAGCUGUGGAAGCCAAGUCGGGGACGGUUGGUGCGAGCAACCUGGCAGCAGCGUGGAACGCCAAUGGGCUGGAUGAGGGGCUCAUCGGGGGUGUUUUGCAAGGAAGACGGGCGUUUGACAUCAAAGGUGCCAGCUCUACCUCUCGGAGGCAGAUGUGGACGCUGGCUCGUGAAACUGCGUCGUUGCUACACUUGACUGAGCGUGACGUGCGAGCCUCCCUCUCGGCAGCAACAUACGCAGAUGUCAAGGCUGGAGAGCUCUCACUUCCCCGUCGUACCGUCGUUGGCCAGGUCAGAAGCGAGUCCCUGACCGGAUGGACAGAAAACACAGGCGAUGAUAGCUUUGCCCUAGAUAGCCGGUAGGAA